AUGGUGGUGGUUCCUGACUCAGACCAGACAGUUCGCGUCAGGCUGCUGGACACUACAACGUAUCUCACUGGCAUCGCAAAGGUCUUUGUUGAUCCAGUUGUUGCCGGCCAUGAAACCUUUUCCUUUAACGAUUUUGCGUUCCUUAUUGAGAAUCAACGUCUUGGAAAGAAGGUCAUGUUCGACCUCGGCACGCGCAAGGAUUAUUGGAAUCUUGCCCCUUCCGUUCAACAGAUUUUUGGUACUGACAGUGUCAUGACGGGAAUGAGGAUUGAUAAGAACGUUAGUGAAAUUCUCACUGACGGUGGAAUUGAACUAAGUGAGAUUGACUCUUGUAUCUGGUCUCAUUAUCACUAUGAUCAUUGCGGGAACAUGACGCCAUUCCCGUCAUCCACCAGUAUCACAGUCGGGACUGGAUUUACCACCUCCGGUCUACUACCUGGCUAUCCCGAAAACCCCGAAUCUCCUGUUUUGGCAGCCGACUUCGAAAACAGAGACCUGAUAGGGAUCAACUUUGACGAGGGUCUCACAAUCGGCGGAUUUGCGGCUCACGACUACUUUGGAGACGGUUCUUUUUAUCUGCUCGACUCCCCCGGGCAUUGCGCGGGGCAUAUAUCAGCAUUGGCCCGCACGACAUCAUCCUCGGCGGACGGAGAUGAUACUUUUGUUUUCCUAGGAGGCGACAUCUGCCAUUUUGCUGGUGACUUCCGGCCAUCUCACGAUAAACCUCUGCCACAAACUCUCCCUGUGGGCUUCUCUAAUCGACGCAAGACACCAAUUCAGUGCCCAUGUUCCUUGACAUCACACCAUCCCUAUGCGACCAACGAAGCAGAUUCCCAGACAACCCCAUGGUACAAAAUGGCCAGUCAGUUCCCCACGGCCUACCAUGACUUCGAACUUGCCAGAUCAUCAGUUCUCAAAAUGCAAGCUCUGGACCAAGAUGACAAUAUUCUAGUUUGUCUCGCCCACGAUGCGAUUCUUCUUGAUACUUUUCCUCUCUUUAAUAAAUCCCCUGAAGCAGACAUGAAUAACUGGAAGAGCAGGGGAAUGAAAGAGAAGUGUCACUGGGGGUGGCUAAAUGAUAUUGCCUUUGAUGGCAAGCCUGCUAGAGAUCCCGUGGUUGAAGGGUUUUGGAGAGAUGAGAAACCCUGGGACUAUGGAGAAUUCAAGAAAACCUUGGGUCUACCACCCCUACCAACUAUUUGA